UAGGGGGGGGCAUUGUGGGGCAAUGCCCUACCUUGAAACCUCAAUGCCCUACCUUAAAAAUAUCUAAAACUAAGGUAAAUUAUUAUAAUUAAAUUGUUUGUUCAUAGUUUGAGAAAAAAAAUGUAGCGAUAGGUAUCUAAGUUUGCAACAAAAUUUAUAAUGUGAUGGUAAGACUCUUGUAUUGGUUCAAACUAAAGCCAAUGAAACGGAACGCACCAAUGACAAAUGUCAUGAUGACAUUUUGCUGAAUAAAAACAAAACGUCAAAACAAAAACAACCUCAAAUGGAUAUUGUUUAUAUUUUAUUGAAUUUCAGGUGUUUUAUCAGUGAAUGCAAAAAAAAGUGUUACAUUCAUACGUUAGCAUCAGCCAUUUUUUUCGUACUGUUUUUGAUUGCAAGUCUUGAUGAGUUGGAUCUUGGAUGUAGAUAAAAUGGUUCCACUGAAAAAUUUGGGUCUGAAAAUUCCAUCAAGAGAAGAGGCUAGUGUGGUUAAAGCUUACUUGAGUCGUAACGAGGAUAUAAUGGAAAAUACAUUGCAAGUUUUGUACAGGCAACGAGAGGCGUUCAAAGAUACAUAUGAACUUUUUGCGUCUGUGGCGACCAUAGGAUGUAGCACUGCAGUGUGUGAAUCUACGUUUUCAACUUUAACUGCAAUCAAUAGGCCUCAAAGGCUGUCAAUGGGUCACGAGAGAAUGGCUGGUAUGGUAUUUCUGGCCUUUGAAAAAAAAAGAACAAAAUCAGUUGAUCUGAACGAAGUUCUUCGCAUUUUUAAUAACAUGGCGAAUCGUAGAAUUCAGCUGUUUUAAAUGUUUUUUAUUAUUAUGUUAGUUAAUUAUUAUAAUAAGUACGCAAAAACAAUGUGAUCUUAAUGAUAUUUUUGGUCGUUUCUAUUUACUCGUAUCACCCCACCCAAUAAUUAAUUAUUACCUCACUCUCACUCAGACGUGGAUCUCUACAUCCAAAUCUGGAAGUUCAACCAUCUUAUUCACUUGUUCUUCAUCAUUGAGGAUUUAAUAGUUCUUAGAUCCAUGCUCAUGCACUGUCACAGUAAUUAUUUGUCUACGAAUAACUAUUCACAUGAUGGUGAUAUACAUGGUGAUUGAUUUAGGAGCCCGUGUUUCGACGGCAGAUCAAUUAUGAUAAUUUUUUUACUUCCGCCCUACCUGUAACUAAUGCUGCCCUACCUCAAAUUCGACCCUAGCUACG